GUAAAAAGUAGCGUUAGUUACACUAUUAAUCUAUUUUUUGCUGUGUUUUGGGGCAGUGGCGCUUUUGGGGCAUAGGCAGCCCCCCACAGCGGCUCCCAGCGGCCCAGCAGCUCGUGUUAGGUGCCCGUGACCAUGAGCGACGACGAGAGCAGCGACGAUGAGCUCGCGCUCACCGGCAGCGAUGGUGGCGUCCAGCUCAUACUCGACUGGGUUCACGUCCUGCGCAAGGUCAUGGAGGGCAAGUGGGACAAGUACUUAGGCGAGGCCGUCAAGAAGAAGGGCGCCAAGGACUCAAUCAUCGAGGACAUCAUGUUCUUGCGCAGCAUGUCGUCGAGAGAAGCCUUCCAGGGCGCGUUCGAGGACAUCAUCUCUAAGCGCUGGACGGCGCUCGGCGCCGGGGAGCUCGUGACGCACUUCGAGCGGUUUUACAUUGAGGGCUGGGCUGGUUCCUGGUUCAUCGGCUUCGCGCCGCCAGGUGUCUGUGUCACUGGGCAGCAGGCCUUGGAAAGCGGACACGCAAAAAAGAUAAAGCUGCUGCUCGGCAAAAGUGCGCUCAAGGCGGACCCGGAGCCCUUCCUGCGUUCGUCGAUGCCUAUAAUCACGAAGAGGGCUGGCGAAGACCUGCUCAAACACCCGGUCAGCAGCUUGGCAUUCUCGAGCUCUGGUUUCUUUGUUUCGCAAGCGCCCUUGACCGACACGGUCGUCGUGGAGGCGGCUCUCCUCACCGAUCGCGGCGCGAGCUUCGAGUUAGAUUCCAAGGUGCCAAACGUGCGCCACGUUUAUGUGACUUUAGAUCCUGCUUCUAAGAUGACUUCGAGACGUGCGCGGUUAGUACAAGAUUUCAUGGAUUAUGGUGAUUUGCGUAGUAUCAAGAUCAAGGCGAGCGCGAAGCCCGCCGAAAUUAAGAGUAAAGGGAACAGCAUCCUGGCGGACCUGCGCUGCGUGAGGGUCGAGGUCACUGCAGUCGCUAGUAUUGAGGAAUCAAAUCCGUGUUUUAGAAAGGCGGGUAUAGUAUUGGAUCGUGUCGACGGCAAGUAUCCUUCCAUCGUUUGCCGGGGGUGUUUUGAUUUUGCUAAGGGUGCCAAUAUGUGCAGACACUGUGUUCUUGUUGCUCAUGACAUGGGCUAUUUGGACAUAGAAAAAUUGUUAGUACCUACGACGACACCCCGUUUAACCCGCCGAACGUGAGCGCGUACGAGUGCUUCCCGGACGCGACGCGCGCCGCCUGCGACGCGCUCGGCGGCACGGACAUCGCGGGCCGCUGGUGCGUCCUCGACGGCGCCUACACGAUGAUUGGGCCCCUCUGCGACGAUCGCGACGUGACGGAGUGCGACGAGAUACACCAGCGCCUCAAGCAGGCCUGCGAAGAACCCUUCCAUUUCGACGACGUCGAAGGGAUUUUCACAGGCCUCGGCGGGACCGACGUCGCCGACGGCACCUUUUGCAUCGUCGAAGGGACGUGGGCCGUCGUCGACCUUUAUGCUUACGGCGCCCCCUGCAAAGGUGCCACAAUCCGCACUGAUGGGUCCAAUGCUGUCUGCAUCGUGGACCUGUCCCUGGACGAUCCGGUGGAGUCGGACGCGGCGACGGGAUCCGUCCCGCGCGCGCUCCUCGUCCUCGUCCUCCCCGGGCUGUUGGCCCUCGGCUUGUUGUAG